ACCUCGUCAACAAUAUCCGAUGCUUCAAAUUCAUAUUUUUAUAGUGUUCAGGAUUCUGCUAGCAUGAUGGAAAGUCGUUUUGAUUGGCUGAUGUGGUACAACUGUAAUGUAGAUCAUAGG